AAAAUAAGAUAUAGAAAUGGGAAGGACGAUACAUUAUUGACAAACAAGAGCAGUUGAGCGAUGUCGCGAGGCAUUGGAUGGAAGAGCAGGCGGUUUUGUUUUUGGGAAAUGGAAAAUUGAAGGAAAAAGAAGGGGGAAACAAAAGAGAGAAAUUCAGCGCGGAGAGUGCUCCUACUCGAUCGCCGCGUCUUGCAAUUUAGCCCAAAAUAGUGGGAUUGAGUCUGGAGAUUUCUGAUUUGUGAAGGCGCCGGCGGGAGCGGUGAAGAUAGGUCUUGGUUUCGAUUCCUUGUUGACUUAACUCUGCUCUGCUCAGCCGCAGUUAAAAUGUCUCACUACCACAUUGAAAGGAUGGAACAUGAUUAUGAAAUCAAUGAUGUGGAGGAUGACAUGGAAGAAGAAUUUCAUAGAAAGGGGAUGGGAUACUCGGAAUCUGAUGAUGAUGAAUAUAUACACAUUAAUGGUGGAAUAACAGAUACUUCAUCAACACAAGCAAGAAAAGGGAAGGACAUACAAGGGAUCCCCUGGGAUAGGCUAAGUAUCACUAGGGCCAAGUAUAGGCAGACUAGACUAGAACAGUACAAAAAUUAUGAGAAUGUUACCAAUUCUGGAGAUGCUUCUGCAAAGGGAUGCAAGCCAACGGAGAAAGGAAGGAUCUAUUAUGAGUUUUGGCGCAAUACAAGGUCUGCUAAAUCUACUAUUCUUCAUUUUCAGAUGAGGAUGCUCAUGUGGAUGAAUGGAUUUUGUUAUGUCUAUCUUUUGUCAAAUUACUCUGUCCUUCAUUGGUCAGCACUAACCCGUCAACAAUCUGAAGUGCUAGACGUUUCAGGUCAUGUUGCUCCAUCAGAGAAGCACCCCGGAAAUCUUCAAGAAGGGUUUUCUCAGACUCAAGUUAGCACUAUGGCAGUCAAGGAUAAGAUACUUGUAGCUGGUGGAUUUCAGGGAGAGCUCAUUUUUAAGUACUUGGACCGUCCAGGCAUAAGCUUUUGCAGCAGAACAACUUAUGAAGACAAUGCAAUAACUAAUGCAGUUGAAAUAUAUGACACUUCCAGUGGUGCUGUUCACUUCAUGGCUUCAAAUAAUGAUUGUGGAGUCAGAGAUUAUGACAUGGAGAAGUUCCAGCUCUCUAGGCAAUUUUGUUUCCCAUGGCCUGUCAAUCACUCAUCUCUCAGUCCUGAUGGAAAACUACUUGUGGUUGUGGGAGACAACCCAGAGGGAAUCAUGGCAGACUCUCACUCUGGAAAGACCAUUCAUGACUUGCAAGGACACCAAGACUACUCCUUCGCAUCUGCAUGGAAUCCUGAUGGCCGAACUUUUGCGACCGGCAAUCAGGACAAGACCUGCAGAGUAUGGGAUGUCAGAAAUCUGUCCAAAUCAGUUUCUGUAUUGAGAGCCAAUCUUGGAGCAAUUCGAUCGAUUCGAUUCACAUCAGAUGGGCAGUUUAUGGCAAUGGCUGAACCUGCAGACUUUGUUCACAUUUUUGAUGUAAAGAGUGGCUAUGAGCAGCAGCAGGAGCUGGAUUUCUUUGGUGAGAUAUCUGGUAUGUCUUUUAGUCCUGAUACUGAGGCUCUUUUUAUUGGCGUUUGGGACCGCACUUAUGGAAGUCUCUUACAGUACAAACGGUGUAGGAACCUUUCUUACUUAGACUUCCUGGUUUGAAAAGCUUGAGAACCCACCCGUGAUCUUUUUCAUUGCUUGUGAGCUAUGGGGAAAUCAUUGUAUUUCAAUAAAAUUAGUAAGAGGAAGAAAUGAAAAUGUUUUGUGUGCAUAGCUUAGGCAAUGAACUGGUGAGAGAGAGAGAGAGAGAGAGAGAGAGAGAGAGAGAGAGAGAGAUGAUGAUGAUGAAAUUAGCUGUAUGUAGUUUAUAUACCAAUGUUUAAACACUUCAUUGUAUUGAUUAAUUUUCGAUCAUUCAAAACUCCAGUCAAGAUUUUUAUU